AUGAUGAACUACUAUCACCGUUUUCUUCCCCAUGGUGCCACCAUACUGCAGCCUCUCAACAGCUUGCUGACCCACUCCAAGAAGACUUUAGUGAUGACCGAGGAGGCCGUCAGGUCCUUCAAUGACGUCAAGGCCGCACUUGCGGACGCAACAUUGCUUGCCCAUCCUCGCUCAGAUACCCAACUAACUCUCAUGACAGAUGCUUCCAGCACUGCCGUUGGUGCGUCACUUCAGCAAACUGUUGGCGGUGUUCUACAACCUCUGGCUUUCUUCUCGAAGAAGCUCAGCCCAGCAGAGACCCGCUACAGUGUCUUCGGCCGCGAACUCCUUGCCGUCUAUCUAUCCAUCCGGCACUUCCGCCAUUUCCUCGAGGGUCGUGAAUUUGUUGUUCUAACAUAUCACAAGCCAUUUGUUUUUGCACUGAGGGCCUAUCCCGAUCGCUACUCGCCCCGUGAAAUUCGCCAUCUCGACUUCAUCUCACAGUUUUCCUGCGACAUCCAACAUGUCCACGGUAAGGAAAAUGUGGUUGCUGAUGCUCUUUCAAGAAUCGAGAUGGCCUCCAUCACAACAGACGCCAUAGACCUCACGCUCAUGGCUGAGGCUCAACGAUCGGAUGGCGAACUUCCCCAAUACCGCCACGAGGACUCUUCUUUACGCCUUCAAGAUGUCCCCCUUCCCACUGGCACAGGCACCAUCACGUGUGACCUUUCUACCGGACACGAACGUCCUUUUGUUCCAGCAACUUUACGACGACGAGUGUUCAACGCUCUUCACAAUCUAUCCCACCCUGGAGUCCGGGCGACAGUGAAACUCAUCACUGACCGAUUCGUCUGGCCCAACAUCAACCGGGAUGUACGGCGUUGGACCCGCUCCUGUCUACCAUGCCAACGAGCCAAAACGCAUCGGCAUGCUAUUACUCCGCCAGGAACUUCCGCCACCCCUGAUGCACGCUUCAGUCAUGUGCAUAUUGACCUGGUAGGUCCGCUGCCACCAUCUAGCGGUUCUACCUAUAUGCUGACAUGCAUUGAUCGUUUUACUCGGUGGCCGGUCGCUGCGCCCAUUCCGGACAUCAGUGCCGAAACCGUUGCAAGAGCUUUCUUGACUCAUUGGGUGUCCAAUUUUGGAGUUCCUGCGACUGUCACCACUGACCGCGGAUCCCAAUUCGAGUCCACGCUGUUUCGCGAACUCACAUGCCUUCUCGGCGCCAACCGAAUCCGAACAACAGCGUACCACCCUCAAGCAAAUGGUCUUGUCGAACGCUUCCAUCGACAGCUUAAGACUUCCCUUAUGGCCCAGCCCGAUCCUUCCCGAUGGUCUGAUCACCUUCCCCUGGUGCUGUUGUCCCUCCGUUCCACUCUCAAGACCGACAUCGGUUGCACUGCAGCUGAUCUUGUCUACGGAACCUCCUACGACUUCCAUGUGAGUUAG